CACCACCCCACACCGAUCACGACCAUCACCCCACACCGAUCACGACCACCACCCCACACCGAUGACGACCAUCAUCACCCCACACCGAACCCCGACGCAACGCGCAACCCACCCGCGGUCUCAUGGAAUUUGUGCCAAAAACAUCCCCGCGUCAAGUGUCAGGCGGGCAGCAGCAGGUAGCAAGCAGCAGUAGUCAGCAGGCAGCAGUAGUCAGCAGGCAGCAGCAGCAGGCGAAGAUCCCUGCUAAGGACAACUUUGCUGUGCUGCGUUUGUCGCACUGCGGCGUUGGGGCCCGCCCGCCCGCCCGCCCCCAUGGCCCAGGGCCCCACGUCACUGUGCUCUUUCCCGCCGGCGCCGGGCCCUGUGAGCCGUGGUGCAGAGUGCGCCAUCCUGUCCGAAUCGGCCGUGGAGCCGCUGGUCGGCGGCUACACCUGCGACUUCACGAGCCCACCCGAGCCGCGCUACCUGUGCGGCUCGUGCCACCUGCCGCUGCGCGACCCCCACCAGACGGGCUGCGGGCACCGCCUGUGCCUCACCUGCGCCAAGGUCAUCCUCAGUGCCCCAAGCCCGGCGUGCCCCGAGUGCGCCUCCCCCCUCGCCGAGCACGAGCUGUACAGAGACGCGUGCUGUACCCGGGAGGUGCUGGGGCUUCUCGUGUUCUGCUCGAACCGCUCAGCUGGCUGUGAGGACACGGUGGCGCUGCGCCACCUCGAGACUCACCGUGCGAAGUGCCCGCAUGAGCGCGUGCUGUGCGACUUCCCGCGCUGUGGCACCUCCGUUCAGCGCACACGGCUCGCCGCACACCGUGCCUCCUGCCCUCACCGCGCCGAGUUCUGCAAGUAUUGCAGUGCGGCCGUGACCUGCUCCCUUCUAGAGAGGCACCACAAGGAGGAGUGUGCGCAGUACCCGCUGCCCUGCCCCAACAACUGCGAAGAGCAUGGCAUCCCACGCGCAGAGCUCUCUCAGCACAUGUCAGCCUGUGCGAUGUCCACCAAGCUCUGUGGCUUCCACAUGCUGGGGUGCACCUUUAAGGGCACGAGCGAGUCGGUGCGUGAGCACGAGGAAUCUGCGGUGCGAAGCCACUUCACUCUGGUGAUCAGCAGGAAUUCCGAGCUGGAGCUGCAGUGUGCACGGCUGCAGUGCUCGAUCGAGGAUCACACCAACAUGUCCGAGAUGCUGACUCAGCGCGUGGCUCAGCUGGAGCAGGACCUGUCUCACUGGAGCACGCUCACUGGCUCCAACAACACUCGCCUGGGCUCCACGCUGGAGAUGCUCACGCAACACAACGAGCAGCUGCAGAGCCUACACGUGGCUCAGCGCGCGCCCCAGCGCGACGCUGACACGGCAGCGCUGCGCAGGGACAUGGCGACGCUGCGCGAGCGCCUGCGUGCCCUUGAGGCGGCACUGGGCAACCCGGGCCCCUGCGAGGAGCGGUGCCACAUGCACGAGCAGCGGCUCACGAUGCACGACGGCCUCCUCGACACCGCCGAGCGGCGUUUGCAGGUUCUGGAGACGGCAGGCUACAGCGGCAAGCUGGUGUGGAAGAUCCGCGACUACGCGCGGCGCAAGCAGGAGGCCGCCAGCGGCCGCACGCUCUCGCUGUACAGCCAGCCCUUCUACACGUCGCCCUUCGGCUACAAGAUGUGCGCGCGCGCCUACCUCAACGGCGACGGCGUCGGCCGCGGCACGCACCUGUCGCUCUUCUUCGUGGUGAUGCGCGGCGAGUACGACGCGCUGCUCGAGUGGCCCUUCCGCCGUCGCGUCACGCUGUCGCUGCUCGACCAGGGCGCGGCGCGGCGCCACCUGUCCGACACGUUCACGCCGGACCCGGCGAGCGGCAGCUUUCGCCGGCCCGAUGGCGACAUGAACGUGGCGUCGGGGUGCCCGCUGUUCGUGUCGCACGUCGCCCUAGAGGGAUCGUCGUACCUCGUGGACGACACGGUGUUCGUGCGCGUCGUCGUCGACCCGGGCGGAGCGAGCGACCCCUGAACUUUUGGCUCCCCACCGACCCCCAAAGCGGCGGUCGUCCCCCCGUGGAAGGAGGAUGAAGCCUCUGUAAAAAGUGUCAGGGUGUCUUCGGGUCACAACCAGAAGCGCUCGUGUUAAAAUGAGCUGUAAAACGACAAAAGAAAUGGCCUGAGAGUCACGGUAUUCAAAUGGUGCCUAUUUUCCAUUGGCGGUUGUACAAGGCGAGUGGUGGAAACUCCACAUUCCUGUGGUAUGAAUCGUCCCUCCAAACAACUAAUGUACAUUUUACCGAUACUGGAGAGAUCACGAUGAUGAUUGUAUUAAAUGGAAAAUAAAUCAACAUCUAUACACAUGCACGUGUUGUAUAAGCCUGAAUGCUAUUCUGCCAUAUAAAUAAUGUAAUAAUAAUACUGCCCUUUUUCAAUCCACUGCUGGAUGAAGGCGACGCCACGCCGUGUCGGUCAUGAGAUUGUUUAACGAAACUUCACGCUCGUUAGAGCAUGUUGGUGAAUAUGGUGGCCCAUGACCAGUUCAGAUAUCACUCGCCACUGAUGUUAGCCGUGGCCGGGAAUCAAACUCAGGUCACCGGGUUCAUAGUUCAGUGCGCUAACCACCAUUGCACCACUGCUUUCUCCCAAUAAUAGAAAUUACGUAAUCCAAAAAUAUGCUGAAAUUAACAUUUUUCAUAAAAAAUAAUAACUCGCACAUGGUGCUUUGCGUGUGGCCAUAUAAAAUGAAGCUCGCCUUUUUGCUUUGGCUGCCAGGUAAUUUGCAUACGCCGUGAUAUAGCAUUUAAAAAUACCCACUGUUACUUUUCCUCGUGUCGGUGUUCAUAGCUAUUUAAUUGAUAUUUUGGUACGAUAAUUAAGAAUUAAAUAUUCUACGUGUCCGCUGGGUUCCACGGUCAUUGUGUUGCUGAAGCGUUGAUGUGGCUCUGUGCAUUCUAAUGCGAUAAAAACGCCGAGAUCUUAAGA